AUGUAUGAAUUAUUUUCAUCGACAUAUAAAUUAAAUCAAUCACCGGUAUCAUUAUGUGAUCGAUUGAAACAACGAUAUGGAAAUUGUCAACAAAACUUACAAUCGUUAUUUCAUGAUGAAAUUCAAAAGAAAAAUAUUCGAGAUAUUGACUUUAUUCGAUAUAUUGUUAAUUAUGUUAUUGAACAAGCUAAACAUAAUAUUGUUAUAUCGGAAUUACCUGAUGUUAUUCGAACUUUACACAAUGAAGCAAAGAAUAUUAUUCAAAAAAAUCAAAUGAUAACACUAGAAGAAGCAAUUGAUCAAGUACAAAUGAUUGGUGCAAUGAAAUAUCCAUAUUUAAAAAAAUUGAAACCAAUAUGUACUGAAGAUUUUGUUAAUGAAGUUAUACGUGAAGUAUUCAAUCGUCUAGGAACUAUUAUUACUUUAGAUAUGCCUGCAAUUGAUGUUCAUGAGGCAGCUACAUUAAUUAUGGAAGAUAUUUCACGUAAUCAAUGGAAAGUCAAAAAAUAUCGAAAUGUUGUAAAUAAUACAGCUCCGCUGAAUCGUAUGAUAAAAGACAGUACGGUAUCACUCUCACCUAGAUAUUCAUAUGAGAAGCUGAAAAGCACGUCACCAUCUCCUAGCAAAGAACAGAUGAAGUUCGAACAGGAAUCAUUAAAUUUGAUACAAAACUCAAAUCAAUCGCAUGAUAAAACAAGAUUAACAAAGCAUGGAAAUAUAUCACUAACAAAGAAGAAAAGUAAAUCAUCAGAAUGUUCAUCGACAUCUCAUCGAUCAUCUAAGAAAAGCAAUAAAAAUCAACAAAAUUGGUCCAGUAAUCCAAUGUAA